AUGAAAGAAGAAAUGCUCAUUGCUUUUCACUUUCCUCGGAAGUUCAUUGAUCUCAUUAUGGUGUGUAUCAAAACCCCGAGAUUUUCUUUAUUACUUAAUGGUGAGAUGCAUGGAUUCUUUGAGUCCAAAAGGGGUUUGAGACAAGGUGAUCCGAUGUCUCCUCUCUUAUUUGUUCUAGGCAUGGAAUAUUUGUCUAGAAUAAUGAGAGAAGUGGGUUCUCGGCAAGGUUUUAAAUACCAUGACAGAUGUGCUACUUUAAAGUUGAAUCAUAUGUGUUUUGCGGAUGACCUGCUAUUAUUUUGUUAUGGCGAUUUCCCUUCCAUUUUGUUAAUGUUGAAGGGCCUGAAACUCUUUUCCUUGACUUCUGGUUUGCUACCAAAUGAAGAAAAAUCGGCUAUUUAUUGCAGUGGCAUGAAGGAGGCUGAGGUUGCCCGUGUGAUUGAAAUGUCAGGAUAUUCAAGAGCUCAUCUCCCUUUCAGGUAUCUUGGCAUACCAGUUUGCUCAAGGAAAAUAUCAGCUGCUGACUGUAAUGGUAUUCUUGAGAAAAUGGUUGCUCGGAUCAAGGUUUGGAGCUCGAGGAACUUGUCAUAUAUGGGAAGAGUUACUCUAAUUAAUUCUGUUUUGAUUACCAUUCACUCUAAUUGGGCUCAAAUAAUGAUUCUUCCAAAAGACGUUGAAGCUAUUUGCCGGGCUUUUCUUUGGAAGGGUUUGGCAGACAGUAAUGGUCUGGGGUUAGUGGCCUGGCAUCAUGUUUGUUUGCCAAAGAAGGUUGGGGGUUUAGGCUUUUGGAAGGUUCUUGAUUGGAAUAUGGCUGCAAUGAGGAAGUAUGUUUGGGCAAUUGCCACCAAAAAAGAAAACUUGUUUGUGAAAUGGAUUAACAAUGUUUACUUGAUGGACAGGAAUUGGUGGGAAUACCAGCCACCAAUUGAUUGUAGCUGGUAUUGGAAGAGAUUAGUUGUUGUUAAAGAAGCUUUCAAAGCCAAGGCAGAUCUGUCUUAUUUUGCAGCUUUGAGGUAUAGCACUAAAAUUGGCCAUGACUUACUGUUUGAGCAGCCACUUGCUGUAAGUUGGAGCAAAGUUGUUUGGGAUAGACUGAGCAUUCCGAAGCAUAGAUUUGUGCUUUGGAUGGUAAUGUUGCAGAGACUCCGCACUAGAGAUCAGAUUCAAAGGGUUGAGCCUCUAGUGGAUCAAACAUGUCUGUUAUGUGGAGCUGAUAAUGAGAGCAUUGGACAUUUAUUUUUUCACUGUCAUUAUAGUAGUGCUUGUUUGCAGAAAAUUAAGCAUUGGAUGGGUUGGAAUUCGGCUUCAUUGGAUCUGAUACAAUUAAUUCGGUGGAUCAAUAAAGCUAAGAAGAUGAGUGCUAAUCGGAAGAACAUCAUGUAUGCUACUAUUGCAGCUCUAGUCUACCACAUUUGGAGAGUCCGGAAUGAUGUGUACUGGAAUAGAAAAUUAUGGCAUAUAGAAAAUACUGUAUAG